AUGCAUUUUACAUCCGUACUUGGUGUUGCCUCCCUGGCAGGUUAUGCAGCAGCCGUGCCGACCCUCAGAGAACGUCAAGCCUCUGGUGCUCAGAACGUCGUGUACUGGGGCCAGAAUGGCGGUGGAACCGUUGAAAAUAACGACCUUGCUUCCUAUUGCCAGCCAGACUCGGGCAUUGAUGUGCUGGUUUUGGCUUUCCUCUAUCAAUACGGCAACGGCAACAAUAUCCCGUCUGGAACGAUCGGCCAGUCUUGCUACAUCAGCACUUCGGGAGAAGGUCAGAACUGCGACGCCCUCACCGCGGCCAUAGCUACUUGCCAGGCCGCUGGCGUCAAGAUUGUUCUUUCGCUGGGUGGUGCAACGAGCUCUUACUCGCUGCAGUCGCAAGCGCAAGCUGAAUCCAUCGGCCAGUACCUUUGGGACUCGUACGGCGAUUCUGGAAACACUACUGUGCAACGACCCUUCGGAAAGAACGUGGUAAACGGCUGGGACUUCGAUAUUGAAGUCGCGCAAGGGAACCAGUACUACCAGUACCUUAUCGCAAAGCUCAGGUCCAACUUCCCGUCCGGCUCCUCCUACAUGAUCACCGGUGCGCCGCAGUGCCCCAUCCCAGAGCCAAACAUGGGCGAGAUCAUCAGCACCUCGGAGUUUUCCCACCUUUUUGUGCAGUUCUAUAACAACAACAAUUACACGGUCCCAUGCGCUCUUCCCAUCAAUGGCAACGCGCCCUUCAACUAUAACAAUUGGACAGCGUUCAUUGCCGACACACCAUCGAAGAACGCCAAGAUCGUCAUUGGCGUUCCUGCUUCCCCGAAUGCGGCAAAUGGAACGCCAGCCGGCGCUACCUACUACGCGACUCCGCAGCAGUUGGCUGAGAUUGUCAACGACUACAAGUCGGAUGCGCAUUUCGGAGGCAUUAUGAUGUGGUCUGCUGGAUUCAGCGACACUAACGUUAAUAACGGAUGCACUUAUGCCCAGGAGGCCAAGAGUAUCUUGACAAAGGGCAGUCCAUGCUAG